AUGAAGGGUUUUAAACGCUCGGCAAGCCACGGAGAUGAUUCUCAUCACCAAAAAGCGCCCAAAAGCGGCCGAAAACAGAUGAGAACUAUAAGAAAAGCAGCACCUCGAGUUCAAAAUAAUGAAAUUCAUUCACAAGAUCAGCCCAUCGAGACAUCUUCAGGCGACUCUGCUCCUCGGCAUGUAAUUAAAAUGGACGGUAUAGACGACAAGGCUAGCUCAAAAGACUCGGAUCAAACAGAGGCCUAUGCAGCUCUUUUGACGUUACUGAAGGCCGAACAUGGCAAGGAGAAGAAGACCAGAAAGAAGAAGAGUGACGAAGGCGAUGUGGACGCUGUACAAGGCCAGCAAGAUUAUGAGGAAAGCUCAAGUGGAGAAAACGAAGAGACCGCUAUUGAGAACGCUCUUAUUGACGAACGAGAUGACGAUGAUGAAGAAACGGAAGCCGCUGGUCAGGAUGCUGCGAGUGAAGGCGACAGUGACGAUGAAGAACAAACAGACUCUUUGAAAAAGCAUUUUAAUGCCGUCCCACAAAAGUACAUUGACGAUCUUGAUGCCGGUUUCAAGUCUAAAAAUGUCCGUAACCGUUCGACUAAAGUCCCCACUGAUUCAGCGUCUGAAGAGUUUAUUUACUCUAAGCCUGUCCUGUCUAAUGAAUCUGAUGUUCGCAUUACUGCUCCCCCAUUAGCCCAUUCGUUGCGUCCUCAUUUCAUCAAGCAAAAACUAAGAAUGCACAACAAUUUGAUGGAAUCGGACGAAGAACAUCUGACGCCUCUUCAGAAAAAACUAGUGGAUCCUAUUUUCCAGUACCAAGAUGUGCGCUAUGAGUAUAAUGACUAUGGCCUGGAACCUCAGUAUCGUGAUCUUUACUGUUUGCACAUUUUGAACCAUAUUUACAAGACCAGAGAUGCCAUCUUAAAAAACAACCAAAAACUCCAAGAGAAUCCUGAUCUUGAUCUUCUCGACCAAGGUUUUACGAGACCCAAAGUGUUGAUCGUGGUCCCCACUAGAGACACGGCGCAUCGCAUCGUUACAAAGAUUAUAGAGAAAUCAGGCAUAGACCAGGUCGACAAAAAGGGCAAGUUUCACGAUCAGUUCUAUCAGUCGUCGUCUGCACCGGACUACAAGGCAAAAUCGUUUCAACACAUUUUCAGCGGUAACACCAACGAUUUUUUUGUUUUAGGUGUUAAGUUCACAAGAAAGGCAAUCAAACUGUACAGCAAUUUCUAUCAAUCAGACAUCAUCGUUUGCUCUCCCCUAGGUUUGCAGCUCAUUAUUGAAAAUACGGAUAAGAAAAAGCGACAAGAUGAUUUUCUCUCAUCUAUUGAGCUACUUGUGAUUGAUCAGCUGCAUAGCAUCGAGUUUCAAAACGUUUUACAUUUAUCGUCUAUUUUUGAGCAUCUUAACAAGAUUCCACAACAGCAACACGAUGCUGACUUUAGCAGAAUCAAAAUGUGGUACAUUAAUGACCAGGCAAAAUUGUUGCGCCAAUCUUUGAUCUUCACACGCUAUUCCUCUCCUUUUUCAGAUUCACUCAUCAACGGAAAGUGUAGAAACUACUCAGGUAGAUGGAAAAAUCAUUUAACCGUCAGUCCUGAAAAAUCAAGCUUGGGUCAGCUGGGCAUGCGAACUCGUUUGAUUUUUCAAAGGUUUGAACUUGCGUCGGGAAACAGUGCCAUUGAAGAACCUGACUAUCGUUUCAAGUUUUUCUGUAGCGUUGUGAUUGCAAAUAUUGUUAAAUCCACCGGAUACGAAGACGGAAUUUUGCUUUACAUUCCUGACUAUACCGACUUUAUUAGGGUCCGGAACUAUCUGCGAGAAAAAACUAGUAUUCUUUUUGGCGAUAUCAACGAGUAUUCUGAAUCGCCUCAAGUGAAUGCUAAUAGAACUUUGUUCCAGCAAGGUCGUGUCAAGGUUCUGCUUUACACCGAAAGACUGCACCAUUUCCGCAGAUACGACAUCAAAGGUGUUAAGACGGUAAUUUUCUACAAGCCUCCUACGAACCCUGAGUUUUUUGAAGAGGUUGUAAGGUUCCUAGGGAAGAGUGCCUUUUUGGGAGUAGCAGAUCUGAAUAUUUCGGUAGUGAGGUGUCUCUACUCGAAGUUGGACGGUUUAGCUCUGGAAAAAAUAGUCGGAACGGACCGAGCCGCUGUACUAACGCAUGGGCCCAACGAUUCAUACGAAUUCAAGUAG